AAUACCUUCAUUUUUUGAUAGAGUCUAUUUAUUUUUUUCAACAGACUCUGGUUGAAGGUAUUGUGCUGAUGAGAAUCUGCCGCGUCGGUUUUCGCGACAGUUUCUUUUGCUUUGCGGCGCUCCCUGGAGCGGGAGGAGGAGCUUUCGGAUUCCUCUUCCCGCUUUUCGGGAGCUCUUCCUUCAGCAGGUUCAGCUUUCCAGCCGUAUCCGGGUCGGGAGAACCGGAUACGAUCAUUAAAACCUCCUCCGGAGUCAGUUUGGAUAAAAAGGUACAAACCUUCCCGUGGAUGUGUUGGACCGGGAAGGACUCGUCCUUUCUCCGCCUGCUCCGCUCACUUCUCUCCAUGUCAGUAGGUUUUUCUCCCUUCAUGUCUACCGGAUUCUUUCGUCGGUCUUUGACUCCCGGUUUUUCUC